GGCGGAUAAAUGCUAUUAGAGCAGCCGCCGCGGAGCCGUCCCCGACGCCACCUCCUUCUCCUCCGCCGCAGUUUCCUCCGUUGCUGUCGGGGGUGCGGAGCUGAGUGAACAGGGCGAGCGCGCCGCGCACCACCCCGCAGGCUCGCCUCCCUCGCUCGGUUCGGCUCUCAGGAGUCAGCCGAGCGUCCCCUCCUCCGGCCCGGCCCAGGCGGGGCGGAAAACCUCAGGAGAACGGGGAGGGGGCUCGGGGGCUGCGGCCUGCGCUCCCGGCGGGCGGUUGAGGGUGAAGGAGGCCCUCCCUUCUGACGAGGGGAGGGAGGGUCGGAAGCCCCCCCUCGCCCCCCCCUACGGUCCAGCUGAGCCCGGGGCGGGCGCCGGCGAGGGCCGGGCUGCGAGAGGGGCGGUUGUCUGGGGGAGGGGGCGCGGGGUGAUUCAGCGCCCGGCGAGGCGGAAGCGGCCGGAGGAGGAGAAGGAGAGGGACAGGCCAGUCCGCGCCUGGGCGCCCAGGGUGGCACGAGCCCGCGGCCCGAGUGCGAGGCGGAGGCGAGGAGGCCGCGGGGACUGGAGGCGAGGCCGGCCGGGCCCCCGCAGCCAUGGAGAACGCGCACACAAAGACGGUGGAGGAGGUGCUGGGCCACUUCGGCGUCAACGAGAGCACGGGGCUGAGCCUGGAGCAGGUCAAGAAGCUCAAGGAGAGAUGGGGCUCCAACGAGUUACCGGCUGAAGAAGGGAAAACCUUGCUGGAACUUGUGAUUGAGCAGUUUGAAGACUUACUCGUUAGAAUUUUAUUGUUGGCAGCAUGUAUAUCUUUUGUUUUGGCUUGGUUUGAAGAAGGCGAAGAAACAAUUACAGCCUUUGUAGAACCCUUUGUAAUUUUACUUAUAUUAGUAGCCAAUGCAAUUGUGGGUGUAUGGCAGGAAAGGAAUGCAGAAAAUGCCAUCGAAGCCCUUAAGGAGUAUGAGCCUGAAAUGGGCAAAGUGUAUCGACAGGACAGGAAGAGUGUACAACGAAUUAAAGCUAAAGACAUAGUUCCUGGUGAUAUUGUAGAAAUUGCUGUUGGUGACAAAGUUCCUGCUGAUAUAAGAUUAACGUCCAUCAAAUCUACUACUCUAAGAGUUGACCAGUCAAUUCUCACAGGUGAGUCUGUCUCUGUCAUCAAGCACACCGACCCUGUCCCUGACCCACGGGCUGUCAACCAAGAUAAGAAGAACAUGCUCUUUUCUGGUACAAACAUAGCAGCUGGCAAAGCCAUGGGAGUGGUGGUGGCAACUGGAGUUAACACUGAAAUUGGCAAGAUCCGGGAUGAAAUGGUAGCAACGGAACAGGAGAGAACACCCCUCCAGCAGAAACUAGAUGAGUUUGGGGAACAGCUUUCCAAAGUCAUCUCCCUUAUUUGCAUUGCAGUCUGGAUCAUAAACAUUGGGCACUUCAAUGACCCAGUUCAUGGAGGCUCCUGGAUCAGAGGUGCUAUUUAUUACUUUAAAAUUGCAGUGGCCCUGGCUGUAGCAGCCAUUCCUGAAGGCCUGCCUGCUGUCAUUACCACCUGCCUGGCUCUUGGAACUCGUAGAAUGGCAAAGAAAAAUGCCAUUGUUCGAAGUCUCCCUUCUGUGGAAACCCUUGGUUGCACUUCCGUUAUCUGCUCAGACAAGACUGGUACACUUACAACAAACCAGAUGUCAGUCUGCAGGAUGUUCAUUCUGGACAAAGUUGAAGGUGAUACUUGUUCCCUGAAUGAGUUUACCAUAACUGGAUCAACAUAUGCUCCUAUUGGAGAAGUCCAUAAAGAUGAUAAACCAGUAAAGUGUCAUCAAUAUGAUGGUCUUGUGGAAUUGGCAACAAUUUGUGCUCUCUGUAAUGACUCUGCUUUGGAUUACAAUGAGGCAAAGGGUGUGUAUGAAAAAGUUGGAGAAGCUACAGAGACUGCUCUCACUUGCCUGGUAGAGAAGAUGAAUGUCUUUGAUACUGAGUUAAAGGGUCUUUCUAAAAUAGAACGAGCAAAUGCCUGCAACUCGGUCAUUAAACAAUUGAUGAAAAAGGAAUUUACUCUAGAGUUUUCACGUGAUAGAAAAUCAAUGUCAGUUUAUUGUACACCAAACAAACCAAGCCGGACAUCGAUGAGCAAAAUGUUUGUAAAGGGUGCUCCCGAAGGUGUCAUUGACAGGUGUACCCACAUUCGAGUUGGAAGUACUAAAGUCCCCAUGACUCCUGGCGUCAAACAGAAGAUCAUGUCUGUCAUUCGGGAAUGGGGCAGUGGCAGCGACACACUGCGAUGCCUGGCUCUGGCCACUCAUGACAACCCGAUGAGAAGAGAAGAAAUGAACCUUGAGGAUUCUGCCAACUUUAUUAAAUACGAGACCAAUCUGACUUUCGUUGGCUGUGUGGGCAUGCUGGACCCUCCAAGAAUCGAAGUGGCCUCCUCUGUGAAGCUGUGCCGGCAGGCAGGCAUCCGGGUCAUUAUGAUCACAGGCGACAACAAGGGUACCGCUGUGGCCAUCUGCCGUCGCAUUGGCAUCUUCGGGCAGGACGAGGAUGUGACGUCAAAGGCUUUUACAGGUCGGGAGUUUGAUGAGCUCAAUCCUUCAGCCCAGAGAGAAGCCUGCCUGAAUGCCCGCUGUUUCGCUCGAGUUGAACCUUCCCACAAGUCUAAAAUUGUAGAAUUUCUUCAGUCUUUUGAUGAGAUUACAGCUAUGACUGGGGACGGUGUGAAUGAUGCUCCUGCUCUGAAGAAGUCCGAGAUCGGCAUUGCCAUGGGCUCUGGCACCGCGGUGGCUAAAACUGCCUCCGAGAUGGUCCUGGCUGAUGACAACUUCUCCACCAUUGUGGCUGCUGUGGAGGAGGGACGGGCAAUAUACAACAACAUGAAGCAGUUCAUUCGCUACCUCAUCUCGUCCAACGUGGGAGAAGUUGUCUGUAUUUUCCUGACAGCAGCCCUUGGAUUUCCUGAGGCUUUAAUUCCUGUCCAGCUGCUCUGGGUCAAUCUGGUGACAGAUGGCCUGCCUGCCACUGCACUGGGGUUCAAUCCUCCUGAUCUGGACAUUAUGAACAAACCACCCCGGAACCCAAAGGAACCACUGAUCAGUGGGUGGCUCUUUUUCCGCUACCUGGCUAUUGGCUGUUACGUUGGCGCUGCUACUGUGGGUGCUGCUGCAUGGUGGUUCAUUGCUGCCGACGGUGGUCCGAGAGUGACCUUCUACCAGCUGAGUCAUUUCCUACAGUGUAAAGAGGACAACCCGGACUUUGAGGGAGUGGAUUGUGCAGUCUUUGAAUCCCCUUACCCAAUGACAAUGGCGCUCUCCGUUCUAGUCACCAUAGAGAUGUGUAACGCCCUCAACAGCUUGUCAGAAAACCAGUCCCUGCUGAGGAUGCCACCUUGGGAGAACAUUUGGCUCGUGGGCUCCAUCUGCCUGUCCAUGUCACUCCACUUCCUAAUCCUCUAUGUGGAACCCUUGCCACUUAUCUUCCAGAUCACACCGCUGAAUUUGACCCAGUGGCUGAUGGUGCUGAAAAUCUCCUUGCCUGUGAUUCUAAUGGAUGAGACCCUCAAGUUUGUGGCCCGCAACUACCUGGAACCUGGUAAAGAGUGUGUGCAGCCUGCCACCAAAUCCUGCUCGUUCUCGGCAUGUACCGAUGGGAUUUCCUGGCCCUUUGUGCUGCUCAUAAUGCCGCUGGUGAUCUGGGUCUAUAGCACAGACACUAACUUUAGUGAUAUGUUCUGGUCUUGACUGACAGUUUUACAUAAAGAUGUUUAACUUAAUCAAUUAAUUUUUUUAUUGUUUAAAGCAACUGUCUAUUUCUGCUGAAUUUUCACAUGAACAUACUGGCUGGUAAAGGAGGUUUCAUACUCUAGAUUUUGUUUUGCUUUUUCUGACUCCAGUGGGGCAAGAUUUUCCUUUUUUAUACACAUAAUUAAAGUGUCCAUUGACAUGUACAGAGAACUAACACUAUUUUAUGCAAAUAUUUUUUUGUAGAUGAAAAAGCAUGUACAGUGUUCUGUUUAAUACUCAUCCUUGUAUAAAAAAAAAAGUUGAGCCAGCAGACAUUGUCAGCAAAUUAAUUGGCAGCAGAUUUUAGGAAAUGAAUGUGUGUGGUUUUUUCUAAGACUAAAUAGCAUGUAUUGUGUCUUCUGCAUGAUCAUCUGGAUUUAAUCUGAGAUCACAGUCUAAUUUUUAUUCAUAAGCCAAUUUUUCUGCACUGAGCAGAGUACUGCUACCUCAGUCAGUAUUUUUUGGUUUGCCACCCCCCCCCCCAUCACCCUUCUCAGCCCUUGUCACCUCCACCCCAUCCUCCACCCCCGCCCUGCUCGGCUGCUUCUCCUGUAGGGUUUUGAUGGUUCUGUUUACAUCAGUCUUAACAAGAGGUAUGCCUGUUCUCGCUUGUGCAGAAAACAUUGUUCCAGAUUCAGUCAACUGGGUUCGUGUCCCCUCAUGUAGUUUUUAAGGUUAUUUAUUUAAAUGUCUAGUGUAUUUUAUUGUAACAGACAUUGUUUUGCCAACAUUGCCUAUUUCAGUGGCACUUCACAAUCUAGUUUAAAAAGGAAAAUAAACAUUUUAAAUGGACAGAGAAAAAUAA